AUGUCUGCAACGCAGUUGGAAGAUUUAUUAUCUAUUGUUGGCCCGCGACUACAGAAACAAGACGUCAUCAGAGAAGCUAUAACGCCAUCGGAACGUUUGGCAGUAACGUUGAGAUAUCUGGCUUCUGGUGACUCCAUGACAUCCAUGACAUUUCAAUAUCUCAUAGGGAAGACAACGGUGUGCAAUAUUAUACAUGAAACAUGUACUGCAAUUUGGGACUGCCUGUGGCCUUCGGUUUUACCGCCAGUAGUAUCUGAAGAAGAAUGGAUAGAACUCGCACGGGACUUUCAACAAUUGAGAAAUUUCGUUCACUGCAUUGGAGCUAUAGAUGGCAAGCACGUUGUAAUUCAAUGUCCUAACAAUGCCGGUUCGACUUACUACAACUAUAAAAAUACUCACAGUAUAGUAUUGUUGGCAAUUUGCGAUGCAAAAUACAUCUUUCGUUAUGUCGACAUCGGGGCUUAUGGGCGACGAAGCGAUGGUGGUGUUUUUGAAGCCAGCACGAUUGGCAAGAAAUUUGAUGAGGACUGCAUGAAUAUACCAAAGCCAGCAGCUAUCGAAGGAGGGCGAGUACUGCCGUACUGUCUUGUUGCAGACGAAGCUUUUCCUCUCAAACCAUAUUUGCUACGCCCUUAUCCACGCAGGAAUGGACUCUCGCCACAGAAAGAUGUGUUCAAUUAUCGUUUAAGUCGAGCCAGGAGGAUGAUUGAGAAUACUUUCGGCAUAUUAGCAAGCCAGUGGCGAAUAUAUCGAAGGCCGAUAAUUGCUUGCCCAGAAAAAGUAAAAUCAAUAGUGCAAGCAACAGUGUGUCUACACAACUGGCUCCGACAAAGCGACAUAGAUAAAACAACAACUGCAUACGUAUCUGCAGGUUUGGUUGAUGAAGAUGCUCCCGAUAAUCCAAACGGAUUUAGGCCAGGCUCUUGGCGAAGAAUCAUAGAGAGAAGCGCAUUUACAGAUAUAACUCGAUGCGGAUCGAACAUGAGUGCUCGCAGAUGCAUGGCAAUUCGAGAUGCAUUUUGCGACUAUUUUAACAACGAAGGAGCAGUAGCGUGGCAAGAAGGUCGUUAG